UAUAAAACACACCUGGACUAUGCGAUCCCUUGUAGCCGGUAGUCUGCAGAGAGCGCUUGUCUUCAUCAUGCUCUCCUUUGUCUUGUCUCGGAGUUUCUGUCAGGUCGUCGCAGAAGUAAACCGCAGGUCUUAUCCGACCCUUGGUUCCGUGAUCCGGACGUUUUCUACGUCGAGUCCUGCACGCGGAGAAGCCUCUGACAACGCGUCUGUGGUGACCUACUCGCAGCUGAAGACCAUGCUGUCCACUAGAGACAUCCAGCUGUUCGACGUGAGAAGUCCUGAUGAGUACCAGGCUGGACGCAUCGCAGAUUCAGUGAACAUCCCGCUGGGUAUCCUGGAGGAGUCUCUGAUGCUGUCCCCGGAGCACUUUGAGCAGAAAUUUGAAGUGAGGGCUCCUGGGAAAGAUGAUGACAAUAUUGUGUUGUACUGCAGAAGUGGCAACAGGAGUAACACAGCGCUGAACAUCACCCGUCAGCUGGGGUUUAUGAGGGUGAGACAUUAUAAAGGAGGGUUCAGUGAGUGGGCAGAGCAAGAAGGAAAAUGAUCAACCAAAGUGAAAGAAGACGAAGAAACAGCUGAAAGAAAUCUACGGAAGAUAAAUAAGAGAUUGCACAUGUCUUGCUUGUGAGCAAAAUUGACUUACAGAUUUAUAUCAUUGAGUCUGUUAAUAAGUUACAAUCAGGAUACUUUGAUCCUUUCUUACACAUUUUACUCAAAUUCACUGUUUGCUCCAGACUUUUUGGCUCGUUACGUUUGACCUUUGAUUUAUGACCAACUGAUGAAUGUGAAGAAGUUGAUGUAAAAUAAAUCACAUAGACAUUUUAACAAGUCUUUAUGUGUCUUUUUAGACCUGCAGCUUGUCCCGAGAAACACGUUAUUUUUCACAGCACUAUGCAGCAAUUGUUGUAGUUUUUUAUUGUGAGCAUGCUAACGAGCCAUUUUAUACUUCAAUUUUCACUCAUUCUAUUUUUCUAAUUAUUCAUCACAGUUUAUAGCUACAUAAUGAAGAAAAACAAUUUAAGAUUAAAAAAAAAUAUAUAAAUAUGUAUAGAGACAAUCAUUUUUGGAAACCAAUUAAAGCCGAGGAGCCAAUAAGACUCUGUUUCUUGGACCAAAACAUU